UACAUUUAUACCAUGAUAAUUCAUAUGGAAUAGAUACACGUGCGUAUGUGCACAGAGUAUUUUAAGCACAUACAUACUUCGUCUGCAUGUAUGUGUGGAUAGCGUUAGACCACCACUUAUUCUUACACUGUGGUUGGAUUUGCGUACAUGAACAUAAGAAUUAUAAUUAUAAGUCACAAUUUUAGAGUCCAAAUAUCGAAGCCGUCUCUAUGGGGAUUAAUUACAUAUAUAUUUUUAAUAUUAAAUUAUUUAAUAGUUAAAUAUUUAAUAAUAUAAAAAUUAAAAUCAAUAAAUUUAACUUUGAGGUUACAUGUAAAAAAUAGAUCUCGUUAAAUCAUGUUGCUCCUUACGUAAAGAAAUGAAUUCUUAUCACUACGACGAUAUUCUGCUACAUAUUUGUAAUUGAAAAUUGAUAAGUACUCAAAGCAUUCAAAAUAAUAAUAUUCUUAUAUUUUUUAAGUGUUCAAAAUUUAUUAGUUGUUAUAAAUACAUACUAUAACUUUCUUUGCAAUACAAAGAAGAAGUAAACCCUAACCUGUUGUAAAAUCGACAAUAAUGCCCGAAACAAAUAGAACUAGUGAGCCAAUUUUAGCCGAAAUGAAAGAUAAAUCUGAUAAUGAAAAUGUCAAAUCUGAUAAAGAAAGAGACAGUGCUGAUGUAGAAACAAACAAAUCUAAUGAAGAAAGAGACAGUGCUGAUGUAGAAACAAACAAAUCUAAUGAAGAACAUGAACUGAAAUGGAUGAUAAAACCAUGUCAAAUAUAUAAUGAAGAAUAUAGAGACUGUAAAAGUAUAAAAGCACGAUUUCAUCAAUACUUUGUAUUUGGAGAUACAAUUGAUUGCACACAAUGGAAAACAGACUAUAACAAUUGUUAUAUUUGGGAAAAAUAUAAAAGUGAACGGGCAUAUGCAAAGCUAAUAGACAGUGAGAAAAACCGUAGGAUGGAAAGGCUACAUGGUCAUUACAGUAAUGAUGUUUGGGAAAGAAGAGACAAACCACCAGAAAACUGGAAUGCACCAUUACCUGAGUGGUUGCAACAAAAAGUUGAAACUUCAUAUCUGGCAAAUGUAGAUAAAAUAGAAGAACAAUAUAGUAAACUGAGAACUUGUACUAUAUCAUAAAGGUCUCUCUCUCUCUCAAUUUAGUAGUUAAAUACUGCAGUAGGUAUGUGUAGUAGCUUUGUAUAUUAUUAAUUUCAUUAAUAAAUUAUUUAAAAAAUA